CAAAGGAAAACUUUUAGUUUUAAAUACUGUAACUUUGAGUGCUAUCAGUUUCCCCAGAGUACCGGUACUCAGUGGUAUAAAAUAUUUGGCAGCCUGUCUAGGAGGCUGGUGAAGGAGAGGCAUCUCACCUGAGGAUCUGAUACAUUACAUUCACCUCAUUACAUUUGCCUCAUUAGGCAGGUUUAUCUAGUGUCUUCCAGCUGAGGAACAUAAUUCAGUUAACAAAUGUAAAGUAAAUAACAGUUAAAGACUGUUUUAGAGCAAAAAGGAAGCUUUAAUAGAAGUUCCUGCUCUGUGCCUGCUAAUAGUAAUUUAAGGGUUUUUUUCUAACUAGAAAUAUUCUCAGCAGCAUAGUGCUGUGAUACAUUCUUAAUGCCCACACUUUCAUGUUGUGAGUGUGACUGGCUGAAGUUAGGUGAAAGGUCCAUCUAGCCCUGGGUUCUCUCUCCUGACAGCAGCUGUGAGUCAGUGCCUGCAGAGAAGUGUUGAAACAGGGUAAAUAUCUGUGACACAUCCCCUUUUACUUUCUAAGCCUCCAGUUGCUGUCACCCUGGAAUUUGGGCCAGGUGUGAGUUUUAUUAACCUUUGCUGGAAAUCUUCUCACAAGCUUAUUCAGUCCCUGAGCCACUGUAAACUGAUUAGUACCCAAAACAUUCUUUCUCAUGGAAUUUCAGGCAUCCACUCCUUUUGUUUAUGCAGAAUCUGGCUUCUGUGAGGUGAAUUUGCUGCCCACUCAGCUCUUUUGUGGGAAGAGGACGUGAACAUUUGAUCUUCCGUGUCACUCAUGAUUAUGCAGACUUCUGUCAUAUUCCCCCAUCGCUCUUUUUCAAACAGAAGAAUCCUAGCUUAUUGCAGUUUUCCUUGAGCAAUAGCUUUUCCAUAUUUUUGAUCAUUCUCAAUGUUCUUAACAUUAAUAAUUUUGACUUCUAUCACAUUUCAUUUCACAGGGGAGGGAACAGAGCUGCUGGCAUUACUUGACAGUUGAAUGUCCCGUAGAUUUGAACAGUGAUGUAAAGUUGCAUCUGUUUUAUUCUCUGUUCCUUUUCUUAGUAAUUCCUAAGAGUUUGGUUUGCUUUAUUGGUCCUUACUAAGCCUUGAGCUGGUGUCUUCAUCAGACUAGCAACCAUCUUUUAAAAUCCUAAGUGACAGUAGAAACUUAAUACAAUUGGAACUUCAUACAACUGGAGGUUGGGAUUUUUUUCCAUUAUUUGGGUCUAAUAAUAAUAUGCGUUAAUAGUUAAAAGACUAAUAAUGGUCCACUAACAAUGUUUAUUUUUUUCAUGCCUGUCAGACUUGACAGCCUGCAGUUCCCUACAUCUCCCUAGAACUGCUUUUAAAAACUGGCAUUGUUAUUUCCCAGUCCAUGGGUAACCAAGGUAGGCUAGGAAAUAUUACUUCCGCCCAGGACUAUUUCAGCUAUUUCUUCAUCACGUUCCUAUGGGACUUGUGGGGUGAGGUCUGUCUGGUGCUGGUUGUUACUCAGUUUAAUUUGUUCCGUAACUUUACAAAUAUUUCAGUACCACAGUGGCAGAGCUCUAUAGGUGAAGCCUAUACACACCACAAAAGUGAGAAAGCAUUUUAUUUUUUCCCAAGCUUGCUGCAGACAGUUUUCAGGCUCCAUUCUCUUGCUUAUAGGAAUUUUUCCACGUUUUCUAAACAUCCAUGCAACACGAACAGUUCCUGCUAUAGAGGAAGAGUGAAAUAAGGAAUUGGCAAAAGCCUAAGUAACCCUGAAGAUUCAGAGGAACUGAAGCAAUACUAUCACACCUCUUAGUGGAAGGAAGCUGUCAUAAAGCAUGCAUAGCUUCUUUAGUCAUGUAAACCAAUGGUGCAGCUUGACAGUACCAGUAUUUUAGAAGGGAGCAGUGGUAUAGUUCUCUAAAUAAUUUGCCUUGAAAGUCUUUUUCAACAAAAUGUUAAUCGAACCCAUUUUUUAAAAUAGGCCAGUUGAAACACAUCAGUGAGAUUGCUGGAAAUAAAUCUGUGGCAGUUCAUUAUGAAGUAAAAUUUUGCUGAAUUAUUUUCACAAUGCAUGAACAGUUAAACCUCGAACAGAAAUUUGAUCUUUCUGUCAGCUGCAUCUAUAGACUUUUAGUAUAUUAAAAGUUAACGUGCUUCAGAUUUUUGCAGUCUGUGUUUUUUCUAGUUAAAAGUCACAGGGACCGGCUCCUGGCUGUCAGUUUUCAGGAACUGUGUGAAUUCCCAUGUGCCACUGUAGUUAGGCUUUGGGAAGGAGCAGGCGGAGACCAUCGUGUCGGCACUAAUAACCCUGUCAAACGUCAGCUUGGACACCGUCUAUAAGGACAUGGUCACGCAGGCUCAGCAGGUGAAAACCAAUCUGUGGUGUGUAGCUGUAAUGGCUCGUACUUGCAUCUUUAAAGCACAAGAAAUAACUUUACAGCAGAUAAUGGCACAUUUGGACUCCAUUCGAAAAGAUAUGGUCAUCCUGGAGAAAAGUGAAUUUGCAAACUUGAGAGCAGAGAAUGAGAAAAUGAAAAUUGAAUUAGAUCAAGUUAAACAGCAGCUAAUGAAUGAAACUGGUAAAAUCCGAGCUGACAGCAAGCUAGACAUAAACCUGGAGAGGAGCAGGGUGACAGAUAUGUUUACAGAUCAGGAGAGGAAACUGAUGGAAGCAACUACGGAGUUUCAUAAAAAAGAUUCAAGUACCAAUAGCGUUAUCUCAGAAAUCAGUAAUAAAAUUGACACUGAAAUAGCUUCCUUAAAAACACUCAUGGAAUCGAACAAACUUGAUACGAUACGUUAUCUGGCAGCUUCAGUGUUCACUUGCCUGGCAAUAGCACUGGGAUUUUACAGGUUCUGGAAGUAGAUCUGAAUGGAAUGACUGCAUCUAAUACAGACAGAGAAAAGGCCACCCAGGCCAACAGUAGUUUGAUGAUCAUGUUUGCACUAUGGAUAACCUUGGUACCUUUUUGAUUUGAUAUUCUUACUGUAUAAGAAAAAUGUUUUCUGAAUAUGUAACACUAAAAUCAAAAUAAUUGGGGGGAAGUAGCCAAAUAGUAAUUUUGUUGUCUCUUGUUCAGUAAUGUAUUAAUUUCAAAGUAUUUCUUAUUCUAUACCACUAAGUGUUUCCUGAUAUUUUUUAUAAUUAAAUUUGGUUUUCCAACAUUCUCACUCUCAGCUCCUCUUAAAAUGGAAAUAUUAAACAUUUUAUAGGACCUUGAAAUGCAAAUACAAUUCUCAAAUUAGUGUUCCCAGUAUGGGGAUACUAAUACCAGAUUACAAUACAUCUACUCUGAUCUAAGUAUAUUAAUCUUAAACAUAGGUUCUGGAUUUUUGUCUUCAGUCCGUUCCUCACUUUUCUGAUGGAUUGAAGCCUGGCCCUUUGGGGGUUUUAUCUGCAUACAAAAAAACGCACUCCAAGGCCUUUAUUAAAGAACCCCUUUGUCUUGAAAACUAGUUUACAUAAAGUUAAAAUCUUAUGUACAACUAAAAUGUCUCCAUAGAUUUAUUUUCUUUAGUAUCUCUUGCAAUGUCCAUAACCCCAGAAGUCAGCAGAAUGGGGGAACUUCUCUGUCUUUGUCUUUCCAAGGGGAAAUGCCACUACUCUGAGCAACCAUGUACAGCCCUGGGGCAGAUAAGUACUCUUAAUUUCCCCCUUUCAGGUAGUGCAGAGUAUUUCUAAUGAACCCAGACAUAUUUUCUAGGCAUAGUAACAUGGAAAUACUCAGCAUCUCGGUGGUGCCAGUAUGGUGGUGGUGGUGGUAGUGGUGGUGGUGAUCCUCCUCCCAUCUCCACACUCCUCGGGUUUGUUCUGUAAUCCUGACACACUGACUUUCCUAACCCAUCUACCUUCUGCAAGGACUUGAAAACUUUUGUUGCAGAGAUGCAACAUAGCAGGUGGAUGCCUUCAAAACUGAAGCAGUCACAUCUCAAGUACAAAUGCAUAUGCUUGGUUUGAUUCUUGUAGUAAAAUAAUAAUUUUUAAAGAAGUCCUUCUGGAUUAACUUCGAAAUAAGAAUGGGCCCUUUAUGGGCUAAGGAGUAUGUAGUAGUGAGUAGUGGCAAUAUUUUUUAUUGAGGUUUUAUUCUGUUUACAGUUGAACUUGCUGGUCUUCUGCUAAUUCUUAUAUUCUGUGCAUUAAAUUAUUUAUUAUCUUCAUUCAAGAAAAUAAAAUUAAUUUCUUAUA